AUGCCGCUGAUACGGCCUGGCAUGCCGAAGCCGCCGCAGGGCUUCGAUGUUGUGCUGGCCAAGCUGGAGGAGUACGAUGAGCAGAUGAAGCUGGCCACCCAGGAGGAAUCAAAGGGUGUUGUCGGAGUGACCACCCGGCCUCGGCACAGCGGUGGCUUCGGGGCUCGCAAGCGCAUGCGUGAUGACGACGCCAACGCUGAAGACGGCACCGUGGCGCCGCCUGCAGAGGCAUCCUCGACAGUCGCAGCCGCGGAGAGCGAAGCCGGCACCUCCACAGCGGGCGACGACAACGCGGAGGCUAAGGAAGAGCCGCCGAUACCGCCGCUGUGGCGCAUGGCCGCCAUCAACCGCGCUCGCACUCGCUACGUCUUUCUUGCGUACUACAAGCAGCACAUCAUCUCCAAGGAGGUGUACGACUACUGCGUCGAUACGAGGCUGAUUGACGGCGGGCUCGCCCGGAGGUGGCGGCUGCCGGGGUAUGAGCGGCUGUGCUGCACGGCGUGCGGUGUGCCCGGGGCGGCGAGUCUGGCAGCGAGCAUCACCUCCAAGUACGCCCUGCGCGAUCGGCAGGAGCGGCGAUUGACCACGUCAGCGUCGCAGCAGCGCAUCCACGACACGGCCACGUGCCUUUGCCGAGUGCCCGCGGCCCAGCGCAGGAGUAAGCACUUUGUGGCGUGUGCAGCGUGUGGGUGCCACGGUUGUUGCUCUGCAGAUGCCAUGAAGGGGCCGAAGGAGGGAGACGGCGGCGAAAAGACGGACAAGACGCGGGAGGAACCGUCCGUGAACGCACCUGGACGAGGAGAGGCGUAG